AUGGUUAACAAACCGCUCACUUGAAGAUUUAGCAAGAGUAGGUCACCUAACUUCAUUGGAUGAACCAACCCAAAGAAGAAUAGUGAACCUUAUUACCUCCUAUAGGUGCUUUCCUGCUGUUGAAGUGAGAGCUCACCUCAUGAAAAAUGAAAAUAUAGCAAUUUCAGUGUCUACUAUAUGCUAUAUACUUCAAAACCAUGAUUUAGUGUCAGAGCCUACUAUAAAAUUUGGAAGCAGUUCCAUUAUGAUUUGGGAGUGCUUUAGCUCUCAUGGUGUCAGUAGCUAUUGUAAGGUUGAUGCGACUCAAAAAUUUGAACGACGCAAUGAAAAUAGACAUAAAAGAGCUCAUAUAAAAAGUUAUUAUUACGAAAAUUAUCAUAAAAGAAUUAACAAUGAUAAUAUUGAGUUAAUGCCUCGAAAUACUCCAACAAAGAAUCCAAAGAUCUGUAUUAUUGGUGCGGGAACAUCUGCCCUUCUUUUGAAUGAGGCUGGUAUUAAAAAUGUUACCAUUCUUGAAUAUCAAGGUCGUGUCGGUGGACGUUUUCAUACUCAUUAUUUUACUGAAGAUCCUAAUGAUGAAAGACGUUUAUAUGGCGAACUUGGUGCAAUGAGAUUACCUUAUAUUGAAGUUUUUGAUACAAUUGAUUAUUUGAAUGAAUAUAAUAAGUUUGAUAACCCAGAUAAAGAAAUCCAAACUAUUAAUUUUAUAUAUAGUAAUCCAAACGGUUUAUAUUAUUAUAAUAAUAAAAAAGACUCAAAUGGUAAAAUGAUAACAAAAGCUUACUCUACGACUGUUAAUAUUAGUCAGUUAGGCUUUCCUGAUUCAAUUCCAGAUAACUAUGUUGGUCUUUGGAAUGAGGCAUUAUUGCCUUUUUUUUUGGAACUUGAUAUAGAUUUUACAAAAGGUCUUAAAGCUUUAAAACGUUAUGACCAAUAUACUGCUUAUUCUUAUUUAAAAGAAGUUUUUCUUCCUGCAAAAUUACCAACAAAAUGGGAAGAUUAUGAUGAGAUUAUUAGUGCUAUUGAAAUGCAUGAAAUGGGAAUAGGAAUGCAACGAUUACCCAAUGCUUUUUUAUCAUUGAUUAAGAAGGCAAAUUAUAAUUUAAAAUAUAAUUCUGAAGUUUAUAAGUUGGAAAAGACCGAUGAUGGUCGAAAUGUUAAGGUAUAUUGGAAAACUAAUGGAAUGGAAGAAUCUGACGUUUUUGAUAGAGUAGUUGUCACCGCUCCUUUGGGCUGCGUCCGUCACUGGGAUUUACCUUCAACAUUAUCAUAUGAUAAGCGACGCGUAAUACGUGAAUUAGAUUAUUUAAAUGAAGGAAGAAUAUUUUUACAAUUUAAGAGUCGAUUCUGGGAAAAAUCUCCUCUCGAUACUGGUGGCAUACAGACGACCUCCAAUAUUGGUAUUGUAGGUGGAACCUCGUCAACUGAUCUUCCUGUUCGUACUGUUGUAUAUCCUUCAUAUUACGUAGGUCUACCUGAAAAUGGCUCUGGAGUAUUACUAGCUUCCUAUACUUGGGAUAAUGAUGCAACCAAAUAUAGUGCGUAUACUGAAGAGGAACGCUUUGAACUUGCAUUAAAGGAUAUAGUAACUCUUCAUGGAGAAAUUGCAAGAAAAGAAUGGAUACCUGGUAAAGAGAAUAAUAAGGCGAGAUAUUGGACAAAUGAUAAAACUGUUGCUGGAGGAGCUUAUGCUAGAUAUGGGGCAGGACAAUUAGAAUAUUUGAUGGGUGCAAUGAUGAGAUCUGAAGAUUUUAUUCAUUGGGCUGGUGAACAUACUGAUAUACAUAAUGCUUGGAUUGUUGGUGCUUUAAAUUCUGGUGUUAGAAUUGUUAAAGAAAUAUUACGAGAAAAUUUGAUGAAUGAUGAAUGGUUGAAAUUAAAAAAUAUGAAAUUGUUAAAAUAUUGGAAUGGAAAUCUUAAUGAUUAUAAAGGAUAUUAA